ACACACAUUUCCCCCCCUUCUGCAGGUCCGGGGUGGGGCCGCCAGGGAGGCAGGCGAGCGGGCGGGCGGGGCCGGGCGAAGCGCGGCGAGGCACGGCGGAGGGGCGAUGCCGACUCAGCGCGAGAGCGGCAGCAGCAACAGCGGCGGCGGCACUAGCAUGUCGCACCCGGCCCCGGGAAGCGGCGGCGGCGGCGGGAUCGGUGGCCUGGGUGGCCCCGGAGGCGACAGCGCCCAUCAGGUCCGCGUCAAGGCUUAUUAUAAAGGGGACAUUAUGAUAACUUAUUUUGAGCCUUCUAUCUCCUUUGAGGGACUAUGUAAUGAAGUUCGAGAUAUGUGCGCCUUCGAUAAUGAACAGUUAUUCACUAUGAAAUGGAUAGACGAAGAAGGGGAUCCAUGUACUGUUUCUUCCCAGCUGGAACUGGAAGAGGCUUUUCGUCUAUAUGAACUAAAUAAGGAUUCUGAACUUCUAAUACAUGUGUUUCCUUGUGUACCAGAAAGGCCGGGAAUGCCCUGUCCAGGGGAAGAUAAAUCUAUUUAUCGUAGGGGUGCACGGAGAUGGAGAAAGCUCUAUUGUGCAAAUGGUCAUACGUUUCAAGCUAAGCGUUUUAACAGAAGAGCUCAUUGUGCCAUCUGUACUGACCGAAUAUGGGGGCUAGGACGCCAGGGAUAUAAAUGCAUCAAUUGUAAACUUCUAGUUCAUAAAAAAUGUCAUAAACUUGUCAGCGUAGAAUGUGGCCGUCAUCCUUUACCACCAGAGUCUAUGGAUCAUUCCUCAGUGCAUUCUGAUAAUAUAGAACCAGUGAUUCCAUAUCAUCCUUCAAGUCAUGAAAGUUUAGACCACCUUGGUGAAGAAAAGGAGGCAAAGAGUAGAGAAAGUGGCAAAGUAUCUUCCAGUCUCGGUCUCCAAGAUUUUGAUUUACUUCGUGUUAUAGGGAGAGGAAGUUACGCAAAAGUACUUUUAGUUCGAUUAAAGAAGACAGAGCGCAUUUAUGCCAUGAAAGUUGUGAAAAAAGAAUUAGUUAACGAUGAUGAGGACAUCGACUGGGUUCAAACAGAAAAGCAUGUCUUUGAGCAAGCCUCAAAUCAUCCUUUCCUUGUUGGUCUUCACUCAUGUUUUCAGACAGAAAGCAGGCUAUUUUUUGUUAUCGAAUAUGUGAAUGGAGGGGACCUCAUGUUUCACAUGCAGCGACAAAGGAAAUUGCCAGAAGAACAUGCCAGGUUUUACUCUGCAGAAAUCAGUUUAGCUUUAAACUAUCUUCAUGAACGAGGAAUAAUUUAUAGAGACUUGAAGUUGGACAAUGUUUUGCUGGAUUCUGAGGGACAUAUCAAAUUGACUGACUAUGGCAUGUGUAAGGAAGGAUUAAGACCUGGCGACACCACCAGCACUUUCUGUGGCACUCCUAAUUAUAUUGCUCCUGAAAUUUUACGUGGAGAAGAUUAUGGUUUUAGUGUGGACUGGUGGGCUUUAGGUGUCCUGAUGUUUGAAAUGAUGGCGGGAAGAUCUCCUUUUGAUAUUGUAGGAAGUUCUGAUAAUCCUGAUCAAAAUACAGAAGAUUACCUCUUCCAAGUUAUUCUGGAGAAGCAAAUCCGUAUCCCACGGUCCCUUUCUGUGAAGGCAGCAAGUGUUCUAAAAAGCUUUUUAAACAAGGAUCCAAAAGAACGUUUAGGAUGCCAUCCUCAAACAGGUUUUGCAGACAUUCAAGGACAUCCAUUUUUUCGUAAUGUUGAUUGGGAUCUGAUGGAACAAAAACAGGUUGUUCCUCCAUUUAAACCAAAUAUUUCUGGAGAAUUUGGUCUGGACAACUUUGAUUCUCAGUUUACCAAUGAACCGGUACAACUCACACCUGACGAUGAGGAUAUUGUAAAGAAGAUUGAUCAGUCUGAGUUUGAAGGAUUUGAAUAUAUCAAUCCCCUCCUGAUGUCAGCAGAGGAAUGUGUCUGAUCUCCUACGCAUAACCUGUGCCAUCUUUUUUAUAAAUAUUUUUCCUGCAUGGGUGAAAAAUGUUUCUGUUGGGAAGCAAUGGACCCAGUUCCUUUGUCAUCCGGUAUGAACUUCAUCAUAACAAUAUCAUUGAGUUGCUAUCAGCGGAAUACUUUUUCAUUGAUAUAAAAGGAAACAAAAGAAUAGUAACAAUUACACCAAAAUUGGAGUCUAAGAGACGGUUCUUGUUCUGGCCAGAAAUUAUCUAAUAUGAAAUAAUUUGCCAGAUGUUCUGCUUCACAUAUAAUGUUAGUUUGUGUUUUAUAGACUGUUGCAUUAAGUGAUGUUUAGCAAAUUGUAUAUGAAACGUGGUUUUCUGACAACUAGGUACAGAGAUAGUAAGACUGCAUCGGUUUUUUUCUCCCUCCAUUGUUACUUAUUUUUAUUUACUGCAUUGUCCAAAUUAAGCUACCAAAUUAAUUUUGAAAACACUUUUUAAAUUGCAAAGUAAGAAGUAUCCCCACACUGAAUGUACUAAAUGUUAUUGUCCACACAAGAUAGGGGCUUACAGAUAUGAGCUGCUCUCAUUUUGUAAACAUUCUGAAUUUACUGUGAAUUGACUUCAUUAUUGAGACCCAUUGAAUCUGAUUAAAUCUCCCUAUAAUUACUCUCUUUUGUGGCAUUUGGGACUUUGAAACAUCUUUUGUAUACUUAUUAUCUGUAUCCCUGAAGAAUUAUGAAUGAAGUGUUUUGCAGACUAAAUGAAAAUGGUACAGCAUUUCUGGUGACAGUGAUAGAACCAUGGAUAGUAGAUGCAAUGACGUUAACGAUUCUAUUGUAAAAGAGAAUUUUCUUAUUAAGCACAUGUACUUCAUUGCUUUUAAUGUUUGGCGAAAACCUUUGAUAACUUACGCUAUAUAAAUGAGUGCCUUCCUCAAAUAGCUUUUUGAUUACUAUAUAGUAUAAAGCUAAUUUAAGCAAAAAAGAGUUCAGUUGUUGAGUCUUUUUGAGGAGAAAUAGGUAAAUAAUGUUCCAAAAGUAGGUCUCGUGUGGCUAUCAUAUUAACGGGGACCAUAAUUUACUUACACAAUGUUUUUAAAAAGCUGGUAUUAAAAAAAAAAAGAUGUUGA